UCUGGCUCGACAGCGGGCACCGAGUCACCAAGCUCGACAGCGGGCACCGGGUCAACUGGCACGACAGCAGGCACCGGGUCAUCUGGCCCGAUGGGCACCGGGUCAACUGGCACGACAGCGGGCACCGAGUCAUCUGGCAGGACAGCGGGCACCGAGUCAGCUGGCAGGACAGCGGGCACUGAGUCAUCUGGCAGUACAGCGAGCAACGAGUCACCAGGUCGGACCACGGGCAUCGAGUCACCAGGCCGGACCACGGGAACCGAGGCACCACGCCGGAACACGGGCACCGACUACGGGCACCGAGGCACCAGGCCGGACCACGGGUACCGAGGCACCAGGCCGAACCAGGUCAUCGGGUCAUCGGGCUGGAUCACGAACACCAGGUCAUCAGGCUGGAUC